CUUCCUUCUCAGGACCCAGAACUAACAUGGCACCCAGUCCGUCUGGCAGCGUUAGCUAGCAGGCUAGCUCCGCAGCUCGGACGGUGAAUAGAGACUCACAACAGUUUAAAAUGGCAGAAGUCAAAGUGAAGAAGGAGACGAAUCUGUCAGACGCGGCGGAGGUUGAGACCAGGAUCAAGCAGCUGUGUCAGCAGUUCCCUCACGGUAUCACGGACCAGGUGAUCCAGAACGACAUGCCCCAGCUGGAGCCUCAGCAGAGAGCCAUGGCCAUCAACAAGCUGCUGUCACUGGGUCAGCUGGACCUGCUGAGGAACAGUUCGGGUCUCCUGUACAGGAUGAAAGACGUGCAGAGCACCAGGUAAACACACCUGACUGACAGAUGCCUGCUCCCACAAUGCAAUGCAGCAGCGAAAAUAGUCCAAUACUGAGCAAGACUAAACAAACUGCAAUGUAACCUACAGGACACAUGUUUUAUAGAGUAAGAUCCUAAACAUCCC